UCACCGGUGCCCCCUCCCCCCCAGGUGCAGACCCACCUGGAGAACCCCACCCGGUACCACCUGCGGGCGGCGCAGCGGCAGCAGCUGCGGCAGUACCUGAGCCACGCCCAGCGCCGGGGGGGCGGGGCCAGCCCCUGCCCCUCCCCCUCCCCCUCACAGUCAGGGAGAUUUGGGGAGAAAAUUUGGGAUUUUGGGGCUGGGGGGGCUCGGAGGGAGCCCCCCCUGAGCCCCCCCUCGGGGCUGCUGCACCACGAGAAGGAGAUCGAUGACGUCAUCGAUGAGAUCAUCAGCCUGGAGUCGAGCUACGAGGACCUGCUGGGCCUGGAGGGGCCCCUCCCCCUCCCCAGCACGCUGCCGGCCCCGGGGCCGCUCCUGGAGGUUUUCAGCCCCGCCCAGGGCGGGAGCAGCUCCUGCCCCGCCGAGCUGCCCCGGGUCAAGGCCGAGCUCUCAGGUCCGGGGGUCCCGCGGGUCGAGCGGCGCCGGCGCUUCAACAUCAACGACCGGAUCAAGGAAUUGGGGACCCUGAUCCCCAAAAACAGCGACCCGGAGAUGCGCUGGAACAAGGGCACCAUCCUGAAGGCGUCGGUGGAUUACAUCCGCAAGCUGCAGAAGGAGACGCAGCGAGCGCGGGAGCUGGAGCUGCAGCAGCAGCGCCUGGAGCAGCAGCACCGCAGCCUGACGCUGCGCGUGCAGGUCUGGGAAUGUGGGAAUUGCCUGCUGGAGCUCCCCCCGGGGCUGGCGCUGCCCCUGGCGCUGGGGGGACCCGAGGGGACCCUCGAGGACAUCCUGAUGGACGAUGGCGGGGGGCUGUCCCCGCUCGGCCCCCCCGGCGCCCUCCUGGCCUCGCCGGGCCCCUCGCGGGCCUCCAGCCCCCGCAGCAGCCUCAGCAUGGAGGACGAGCCCUGA